AUGGGUCGUGUUAUUAUGGCGGAGAAGAAUGAGGUUCAGGACAGGGCGACUGCUUUGUCGCUAAGCCAUACCACGAGCGACGAUCGCGACCACUCUAACAAAAUCAUUCCACCUCACACCACAACGGCGACCGCUACCUCGCCACCCAGGACUUCUGCCUUCCUCCCGCAAGAGCUCAAGGACAUGGCUGCCAUGGAUGGUACCAACAAGGCGCAGAAGAAGGAGACUUUGAUAUUGCUCAACAACAAGACGCGCGACGGCCACGACGACACUAUUACACCAUCUACUACUACGCCGACCCCUACCUCGCCACCGAAGACCCUCGCAGAUCUUCCACAAGAGCUCAAAGACACCAUCAUCAACGACUUCCUCCCGGAGGCGUUCCUCUCUUCUCCCGACAACACGCCAACCAUCCCCCUCGCGUUGGCGCUCAAUGAACUGGCGCCGCAUACACGCUCCAUUCGAUGA